UUUAGCUUAGAAUUUAUGUGACAGCCGAACUACUUUUUAUUUGCUUAGUGGUGAACACAUCAAACACUUUCCUCUUUCAUGGUGGACACGAACAAUUAUGACUUCCAAAAGACGUAAUAACGGAAGAAGCAAGCAUGGCCGUGGGCACGUGAAGCCCGUAAGAUGUACUAACUGUGCACGGUGUGUCCCAAAAGACAAGGCCAUUAAAAAGUUUGUGAUUAGAAACAUAGUUGAAGCUGCAGCAGUGAGAGAUAUUACUGAUGCUAGUGUAUAUGAUACAUAUGCUCUACCAAAGCUGUAUGCUAAACUUCACUAUUGCGUCUCUUGUGCAAUUCACUCCAAAAUUGUGAGGAACAGAUCCAGGGAGGCACGUAAGGAUCGCACACCACCUCCAAGAUUUAGGCCGCCCCUAGGAGACAUGGGUGCUCGUCAAGCUGCUCCUAGAGUUACUGUGAAAUAAAGCUGUUAGGUGUAAUGGCCAUUUCUUUCUGAAAUAAAAGAAAAGUUGAUUAUUUUUA